GCGCCUCGGGUCGGGGUUCCGCUCUGGCCGCAGCUCCUCCGCCCGCCGCCAGGAUGAUGUGCGGGGGGCCCUCCGCCACGCAGCCCGCCACGGCCGAGACCCAGGCCAUCGCCGACCAGGUGAAGCCCCAGCUGGAGGAGCAGGAGAAUAAGAAGUACACUAUCUUUAAGGCGGUGGAGUUCAGGAGCCAGGUGGUCGCAGGGACGAACUACUUCAUCAAGGUUCAAGUCGAUGAUGACGAGUUUGUGCACAUUCGAGUGUUUCAGAGUCUCCCGCACGAAAACAAACCCUUGGCCUUGUCCAGCUAUCAGACCCACAAAGCCAGGCACGACGAACUGGCGUAUUUCUAGUUCCCGCUCUGAACAUGGCCCGUCCGUGUGGUUCUGUCCUCUGUGGACACGUCUGGAGUCAUAAACGGGUGCCAUUUCUUCACUGGGGGUGGGGGCGGGGUGUCGCGCAGCUCUUCUGACUUGCGUUGGGAGAGACAAAGUCAACCCAACCAGCGAUCUUAAUUGCUUUCAAAGAGCGCUUAUAUUCUCUUUUCAAUACAUAUUUUUAAGUCUUGGCAAAUUUA